AUGAAGCAAAUGUACUACUGGACCAUUAUGCUGCUUACACGGCCCUUCCUCAUCGAGCGGGUGGUUGCGCAUGUGAACCAGACCAUGCACCAGACUGCCCAGCAGAGCGAGGGACUACGGCCCUGUGCCCUGCCCGAUCUUUCCAAGACGCUGGUAUAUGCCUGUGUCAACUCAGCGAUCAAGACUAUCAAACUGCUCGAGCCCUUGACGCAGCAGCCCGAUCUGCCGGGCCGACUACCUCUGCUCAUUAACGCGGCAUUCCACUCUGCCUUGGUUGUGGGAUUUGCUCAUUUUGGCGAUUUGUAUCUGGUUUUCCCAUUGGCAAAGUAUAUCCAUGUCGCACAUUCGAUUUUGCUCAAGUUUGCAGAUGAUCCGGUUGCCUCACGAAACUCUACCAUUAUCGGCUAUCUGAUGGAGGUUUGUCAGGUUCACAUUGAGAAGCGACACGCAGCGAGCAUGGAUGUUGAGUGCGAAGCAAUUGGCAAGCUUUUUGGGCAGAUUGAUCAGCGCCAGUCCCACGAUCACCCAAACUCAGAUAGAUUGAAACAUGCCCAAAAAUUGGGCCAAGGCGUGAUUGAGGAGGCCGAUGCGUAUCGUCAGCCGUUUGGCAACGGGCAACCAUCCGGCGGCGGGACGUUGACGCAAAACACCUUUACAGACAACCAAAUGUCAAACGCAAUGGGAGAUUCGGGUUCCAUCUAUGGCGGUUCCGUUGUUUCACAAUCACCACCGCAGCCGGUACCUGGCCUGGAACCCUUUGCACCAAUGCCGACAGUUCUGGACAGCUCACUGCUGGGGAAUCCGCAGUUAUUUUGGCUAGAUUUCGACAACGAUAUCUCUUCGUUGUUUACAAUAAUCGGCCCAAAUUCCUGA